CCUUCUCUUGAACAGAAGCAGAAAAUGGGGGAGAAGAACCCUCAGGAGGCGGCAGACAAUAGUCCGGAUCUGGGAGUCAGGGCUCCAGAUGAAAGCAUCCCAAAUGGCUCGACGGUCACCCAUCGUCUGUACAAAAGGCGCUGGAUCAUCGUGUUCCUGUUCAGCGCCUACUCUCUGAGCAACGCGUACCAGUGGAUCCAAUACGGGAUCAUCAGCAACAUCGUGUUGAAGUUCUACCGCGUGGACGGUUUCGCCGUGGACUGGCUGUCCAUGAUCUACAUGCUGACCUACAUCCCCUUCAUUUUCCCGGCCACCUGGCUCCUGGACAGGAAGGGUCUGCGCUUAACGGCUCUGGCCGCCAACGCGCUCAACUGCGCCGGGACUUGGAUCAAGGUGGCCAGUGCCGGACCCAACCUCUUCUGGGUGACCAUGCUCGGACAGUUCAUGAGCUCCCUGGCCCAGGUCUUCAUCCUGGGGAUGCCCUCCAGCCUCGCGUCAACCUGGUUCGGGGCGGAUGAGGUUUCCACCGCCUGCUCCAUUGGGGUCUUUGGCAAUCAGGUUGGGAGUUUAGAAAUGCUUCAGAAGUCCGAGUGGAAACAGAGGAGCCUCGGUGGUACUGGCAUGAACUCUCAGGGUCAUUUCCGUCAAGUGUGGAUGGACAACAACGACAACACCAUGGACCACAGCUCCCUUUCAACGAGGACAGAGAGAACUUGCUUUGGAGAGUUCAGAACCCCGCACAGGUUGGGGGACGGCAGCGACGCCCUGGAGCACUCGACGGUGAACACGGCUCACUUCUUCCCGCUGAUGGAGACCAAGCUGUACAAGCGACGAUGGGCCAUGCUGCUCCUCUUCUGCAUCUACUCCAUGAGCAACGCGUUCAUGUGGCUGCAGUACGGCAUCAUCAGCAACAUCUUCAUGGGCUUCUACAAAAUUGACCCCAUGGCCAUCGACUGGCUGUCUAUGAUCUAUUUCCUCACCUACAUCCCUCUCAUCCUGCCCGUCAUGUGGACCCUGGACAAACGGGGCAUCAGAGAUGUGGUGGUGGUGGGGUCUGCCUUUAACUGCAUCGGGGCCUGGAUCAAGACGAGCACGGCCAGCCCUGACAUGUUCGCCAUGACCUUCUUCGGGCAGUUUGUGUGUUCAGUGGCCACAGUUUACAUCCUGAGCAUCCCCUCCAGACUUGCAUCCCUGUGGUUUGGGCAGCAGGAAGUGUCCACCGCCUGCUCAAUUGGCGUUCUAGGAAACCAGAUGGGUAUUGCCAUCGGGUUUCUGGUCCCGCCGAUCCUUGUGCCUAAUUUGGAUGACAUGGACGAGCUGGCGUAUCACAUCAGAAUCAUGUUUUACAUCAGCGCAGGUGUCGCCACCUUUAUCUUCGUCCUUGUGGUCAUCGUGUUUCAGGAGAGACCAGAGAUCCCACCCACCCAAUCCCAGGCUCAAGCCAGGAGCAUCCAGCCCGAUGAGUACUCCUAUAUGGCUUCAAUCAUGAGGCUGUUGCGGAAUAAACCCUUCAUGCUCCUUGUGAUCAGCUAUGGGCUGAAUGUGGGCUGCUUCUAUGCCAUUUCCACACUGUUGAACCGGAUGAUAAUCGAACACUAUCCUGGUGAAGAGGUGAAUGCUGGGAGAAUUGGUCUGACAAUAGUCAUUGCUGGAAUGGGGGGGUCCCUCAUAUGUGGCGUUUGGCUGGACAAGACCAAAACUUACAAACAGACCACCCUGGCUGUAUAUAUCCUCUCCCUGGUUGGGAUGGUGGUUUAUGCCUUCACCCUCAGCCUAGGUCACCUAUGGGUGGUUUUUAUCACAUCUGGACUUUUAGGCUUCUUCAUGACAGGAUAUUUACCUCUGGGCUUUGAGUUUGCUGUAGAGCUCACCCACCCAGAAUCUGAGGGAACCUCAUCUGGACUGCUCAACUGCUCAGCUCAGAUCUUUGGAAUCAUUUUCACCAUCGGUCAAGGGAAGAUCAUUGACGCAUGGGGAACCUUCGCGGGAAACAUCUUUCUGUGUGUCUUUCUGCUAAUUGGAACGAUAAUGACAGGAUUUAUCAAAUCUGACCUCCGAAGACAGAAGGCCAACCAGCAGUCUGAGGUGCAGACAGUGAGCAAAAAGGCAGCGGACACAGAAGAAGGCAUCUCUCCACCGGAAAUUCUGAAGGAGGGAAAGCUGUGA